AGAUUGUGAGUCCGGCAACAUUUUAAAUUCCACAAACUUAAAAAAUUAGCUCUUAGACUGUUAUCAACUUAGUAAUAUCAAUUGUCGAACUUUUAUUUAAUAAAGGUUUAUGAAAUUCAAUUAUACGAAUCAUCAUAUUAUUUAAUAAAGCCAUGCCAAGCUGCGUGUUUUGCACGGAGGCAAGUUUCGCCACGACGGCGACGACCACGACGAUGGAUGCGUUUCCAUUUCUCUGCGCCCAAGUCGGCGUGGCGCCACGGACCUCUUCUCCGGCGGAGUUGUGUUCGACGUGUCACUCGGCGUGGGAGGAGGUCACCCUGCUCUACGCGAAUGUGCAAGGGCUCCUCAAUCUGAUCGGGAGGAGGGUCACAGAUAUCAAGAAAAGGGUUAAAGACUGUGAUUUAAAUUCUCCGAAAGGUAAGCGACCCAGGCAAAACGUUUCCGGGCCAGGGCCGGAGAAGAUGAUGAACUGGUGGUAUCCGGUCUCCCCGAAAGGACCAACGGAUAACACCGACCCCCACGAACCCGCCGGAAGUGACGACUCGGAUAUAAAAAUGGAAUCAGUUGAGGUUGACGACGGUCUGGAUGCGGGGGGAGAUUUGGAGUUCGAAGAUGUCGAAAUCAUUCCGGAUAAUGAAGAUCAUGAUGAAGACUCAAAUAUUGAUGAUGAAUGGACGGCAAGGCCGAACAGUUUUCGGAAAUCUCCAAGAAAAUUACCCAAUCCGCAAACCUCAAUUCCCCAAAGUCACGGUGAGAUUCAAAUCUUGACCUCGAGGAAAGACAGACCGCUCCUCUCUUUGGACGGAAACCUUUUCCAACUGGACAAGAAGGCAUCCACAAAAAUGUUCUGGAGGUGUGCCCAAUUUCAAAAGUACAAGUGCAAAUGCAGGAUACACACGAGUGUUAAUUUAAGCAAGCCGGCCCUCCUACUGCAAGUCGGCGAGCAUAACCACGAACCGAAAUCGGCUGCCUGUGAAGUGAAGAAGGUCAUGACCAAGAUUCUGCAGGCGGCGAGUAGUUCAUCAAUUUCGGCAGAGCAACUCAUCGCCAAUGAGAUGCAGCAAAUGCCGGAUGGAAGUGUGGGUCACAUGCCGAAGCCACAAAGCAUCAAGAGGUCAAUUCGCAGGGUCAGGGGGGCGGAGAAGAGGACAUCGGUUUUGAAGGAGGCGCCUGAGAUGGAUCCAUUGAUGUAAAUAUUUAUGUCGUUGGUUGUUCUGAUUUUGUUGACAUUUUGCUACUGACGUUUUUGUAAAAUCUGAACUGUUUUUGUGUCGAUCUCGAAAUGGCAAAUGUACUUGUUUGUGUUUGUAAACGUAAUAAAUUUGGAGAAAUGAAUUUUAAUUGCA